CUUUGUGUUAGCUAAACAGCAUGACCUGCUUGUGUGUUCCAAUGACAGGCAGUUGGGUUUAAAACUGUGAAAACCAGCUUCAUGUUUUGGCCAUUUAUAGAAAUGACAGUGAAUUAAACAAGGUUGAGGACGUCUGUGACGAUGCCAGCUGGUGUAUCUUGGCCUCGGUACCUGAGGAUGUUCAGUGCCUGUGUGCUGUCCAUGUUUGCAGGAGCACAGGUCGUCCACCAGUACUACCUACCUGAUCUGACUAUACCAGAGAUCCCGCCAAAGCCUGGGGAGCUUCAGACAGAACUGCGGGGCUACAAAGCCAGGGAGGAGGCUUUAGCAGCAAUGCAGCAGCUAAAAGCUGAACAAAAAGUGGACUGAUGGACACAUCCUCUGUGUGAUGGAGGAAAAGCCUCACCUGGGCUACUCACCUGGGAGUAAAGUCAUUUCUGGGCCGUCUGCAAAUGGAUAUUUUCUUUCUUCAGUGAUAUCAUCCAAUGGAACAAAGUGAAGUGGAAUAAAAUGCUACGCUGUUAGUGUCUGGCUGCACCUUUGGUGUGAAGGAUAAGGAUCUUAUCUGGAGGAAUAUCAUUUGCUUUAUUCAACCAUCUGCAUCCCUCUGUUGUUAAUACAUGUCUUCAUCCUUUAUGAAUCCAUUUGCAUUUUCCAACAAAGUGAAACAUGUAAGAGGGUAAAAGAGCGCUUUAUGGAGGCACGGUACCUGCUUAAGUCAUUAAAUUAUUCUUUUCUGUUCAAAAGUACAUCGUUUGAUUGUUUUUCCCUAACAGAAAAUUUACUUAAAAUAAAAAUAUCAAACUCAGCCUUUGUCAUUACUUUGUGGUAAAUGUUAGUGUUUUAUAUGGAAAUACUUACAAGCUUGCAAAAUAAUCAUCAACAAUUUUGAUAACUGAUCGAUAGUUUAUAGUCAC